AUGUGCCGAUUCGGAUUUGCUCAAAUUGUUUCCUUUUUAUAGUAACCAAAUGUAUUGUUGAAGCAAAAGCAGAAAAUUGAACAAAAAUAGUGAAUUACCAAAAUUAGGGACAAAAGUGACUGAUUUUGAAACGCCAGCCUUCUGUCUUUCUGUCAUAACUAACAGUCUUUUCAUAUAUAAAACCUUCUAUAUUUAGUCCCCAAAACCUGUCAUUCCUAUUAUUAUCUUACAAAUUUCAUUAUAUUACAUUGCAUUCAUGUGCUUCCUACAUUUGUGGCUUUCAUUUCAUCAUCUUUCUAACCCCCCAUCACCUUCUCCGCAAGAAGGGUGUCAUCUUCCAUUGAAUUACCUCAAGUCUAUUUCUCUUUUCUCAUUUGCCCAUCAAAAAAAGUAUUAAGAAAGGAAUAGGGAAUGCGGAAAGAUGUCUAUGCACGCUGAGAAUUCUCUAUAUCAACUCCACAAGGAUGUAUCCGGAUCUGGAUUACCCUUAUUCUUUCUCGAUGAGGUCGGAUACUCAGGAAACAGCAGAUUCAUGCUCGGUGUUCAAGUUCUUAACAGGGCUGAAAACAAAAUCUCCACCAUGUUGAUGAAUGACCUUGCUGAAGACGGUUGAGUUUUUCGUGUUAUAGGAAGUUCUCUUAGAGUACAUUUACAUAUAUAUAUAUAUAUAUUAUUAAUACUGCAGGAGAUAAUACUCUUUUUUGGAGCCUGUUAGGAUUAAAAUCUUUUAGAAUGGAGAAUAAGGGGAAGGUGUUGAUGCAAAAGUAUGAAUUCGGAAAAAUGUUGGGCCAAGGGAAUUUUGCUAAAGUUUACUAUGCAAAGAACAUCAAAACAAGCCAGAGCGUGGCGAUUAAGGUCAUUGAGAAAGAGAAGGUCUUGAAAGUAGGCAUGAUCGAUCAAACCAAGACGGAGAUAUCCACUAUGAGCCUCGUUAAGCACCCGAAUAUCUUGGAACUUUACGAAGUCAUGGCUAGCAAAAACAAGAUUUACUAUGUUAUGGAGUAUGCCAACGGUGGCGAGCUCUUCAACAAGGUAGCAAAAGGGAAGUUGAGAGAAGACUUGGCAAGGAAGUAUUUCCAACAGCUGAUCAGUGCAGUUGAUUUUUGCCACAGCAGAGGUGUUUAUCAUCGGGAUUUGAAGCCCGAAAACUUGCUCCUUGAUGAAAAUGGAACCCUUAAGGUAUCAGAUUUCGGCUUGAGUGCCCUUGGUGAGUCUAAGCAUCAAGAUGGAUUGCUCCACACAACUUGUGGAACCCCUGCAUAUGUAGCUCCUGAAGUUAUAAACCGAAAGGGCUAUGAUGGGGCAAAAGCCGAUAUCUGGUCUUGCGGGGUUAUCCUCUUUGUCCUACUGGCUGGUUAUCUUCCAUUUCAUGAUUCAAAUCUGAUAGGAAUGUAUAAGAAAAUAAGCAAAGCAGAUUACAAGUUUCCUAGUUGGUUCUCACCUGAUGUCACCAAGCUGCUAUCGAGAAUCCUCAAUCCUAAUCCAAAAUCUCGAAUUUCAACCGCGAAAAUAAUGACAAACUCCUGGUUCAAAAAGGGGUUUAAAUUGAAAUCAAGUCACAAAACUGCCGAAAAGGACUUGCCUUCUACCGAUACCAAUGUGGUUUUUGGUUCUGAGGCUAACACAGCAGCAUUCGAAACAAAGAAUCACAAGGAUCAGCUCACCAAGUUGAAUGCUUUCGACAUCAUUUCCUUAUCAAGUGGGCUCGAUUUGUCUGGAUUGUUUACGGAAACCGGCGAGAAGAAGGAAGUUAGAUUCACUUCCAUGCAUAGUGUCUCUGCCAUCACUUCUAAACUAGAGGACUUUGCUGAGCACUUGAAGUUCAAAGUUAAGAAGGAAGUUGGAGGGCUUUUGAAAAUAGAAAAAUCGAGCAGAGGCCAAAAAGGCGAAUUGACUAUCUAUGCACAGAUAUUCGAGGUCGCCCCAUCUUUCUAUUUAGUAGAGUUGAGGAAGUCCAGUGGUGAUACAUUGGAGUAUAGGAAGAUGUUGGAGCAGGAUGUUAGACCAGCUCUCGAGGACAUUGUUUGUACUUGGCUAAAGUGAGUCAUCGUGUUGAAGUUUCUCAAGUUUAUUUGUCCGAUUCGAUCUCAAAGGCAGUUUGAAUGUUUGGUUACUUGUAUGAAUCUUUAAAAGCUGCCGUUCUUGCAUGAAAUCUAGCUUGAAUUUGUGUUAAAAACUUUGAUAGAACAGACAUUAUAGUAUAGUAAUGUGCUUCAAAAGGCUUUGCAGUUUCAUGUCUGAAAA